AAAUUCUUCCUGUUUAUAUUUUGACAAAAUCAUGUGAUCAAUUUAUAGGCUCUCCUUCCAACACAUUUUUGCCUUCUUGAAUAUGUCAAAGUAUCAUUAAAAUUUUCGAAGAAAUUCGAUUUAAGCUUCAAGGAAAUUUGUCAUGAACAAUAUUAAGGCAUUUACUAAUAGGUCCUUUUUAUUGACCUUCGGAAAACCACCAGUGGCAGAACCGUGUCUACCACUUAGCAAAAUAGGCAAGGUCUAGGAUUAUUGAGGAUUAAUUUUUUCUUUAUCGAUUCACUGGAUUCCAGUGGUCCCAUAAAAAGGCGUACAGCAGUAAAAUAAGACCAUGGGAACGGCUUCAAUUGAUCUACGAACAGUGGAUACCAGUGAAAGGCAAGUCCUGUUGGGUGGAAGUUCUCAGGGCACGGGAUCCUCAAGCAAAACUCCACCAACGGACGAAUCAAAAGUCGUCGGAAAAUUCGAAGAUCGUCUUCGGAGUGCGAUGCGACAGACCUCGGCCAAAGGUCAUGAGACAAGUGGUAUACGAUUUCAAGAGGAAAGUCAGGGAUUGAGAUUUCCAUAUCAGAAAGGGAAGAGGAACGAGAAGAAAUCAGCGGGUUGCAAACGCAGGGUCACAUUUGCUAUUUGAAGCUUAAUUAAUCAGUUAUUUAAUUAGACAGGGAUCAGGGUGGAGUAGCCUCUUCGUCAUACUGGAAUUCUAAAGUUUUAAGACUUUAAAGUUCCAAAAUUUCUAAAUUCCAUAGUUUCAAUGAUAUAAAAAUUUCAAAUUUCUAAAACUCUAAGGCUAGGAUCCUCUCAUCAAAUCUUAUGGCCCAUCCAAUAAAUAAUCUCUCUUCAGAAAGGAAAUAAAAAUAAAAAUUGUUUAACGCGAAUGAUCUUUAAAUAAAAAUAAAAAUAAAA